AGAGAAAACAAACUAAAAAAAAUAUCUAUAAAUCAAAAGGGAGCAGCAGAGAGAAGAGGGAGUAGCCCCAGCGUCAGUUUCAAGAACACUCUUUCUUUUUCCUUCAGCUGCCAUUUCUAGAGAGAGAAAGUUUUGUAGAGGGAGAAAGCAAUGAGAGGAGCACUCCGGUGAGGAAACCCCACACCUCCACCGCCGAUCUGCUCACUUGGUCGGAAAACCCUCCCGCGCAGGCGGAUCCGUCGGCGGCGGACUCGGCGUCGAGGAGGACGAACAAGCCCGCGAGUGGGAUCUCUCCGGUGAUGUUUGGAGGCCAGAUGAGCGAGGAGGAGGCGGAAAAAGUGAUCAAAAGCUCGAUGAAACCUUGUUCAGGUUAUAAGUUAAGGGAGAUAACUGGCAGUGGUAUCUUUGCUCCUGGCAGUGAAAAUGGUGCAUCAGAAACUGGCAGUGCUGCUGCAAAUCCUAAUAACAAGACAGGUUUACGUAUUUACCAGCAAGCAGUUAGUGGAAUAAGCCAGAUCUCAUUCAGUGCUGAUGAGAGCGUUUCACCCAAAAAACCUACCACACUGACAGAGGUGGCAAAGCAGCGAGAAUUAAGUGGGACUCUGGAAAGUGAAGCAGAGGCUAAGAUGAAAAAACAGCUAUCAGAAGCAAAGUGCAAAGAGCUUAGCGGGCAUGACAUCUUCGGUCCUCCUCCUGAGGUGCCACCCAGGCCAUUGGCGGCUCGGAAUUUGGAGUUAAAGGGACAGCUGGACUUUGGAGAACCUGCUCGAAGCGUACACACGUCUGUAAAAGUUUCCAAUCCUUCUGGUGGCCCGAGCAACAUCAACUUUGGGGAGGAACCUGAAAUGAAGACUGCGAAGAAGAUUCACAACCAGAAGUUUCAAGAGCUGACGGGCAACAACAUCUUCAAAGGUGACACUCCACCCGGGUCAGCUGAGAAGCCGCUGAGCGUUGCUAAGCUGAGGGAGAUGAGUGGCAGCAAUAUAUUUGCUGAUGGCAAGGCUUCUAAUAGAGACUACUAUGGUGGGGUCCGCAAGCCUCCUGGUGGCGAGAGCAACAUUGCCCUAGUUUGAUUGUCAUCCUUCUCUCCUAACCCUAGUUUCUCUUAGAGGUGUCUCUCUUCCACGUGGUUAUCAUCGGAUUUCUGAGGACUGAUACUUUCAUCUGGACCCUGAUUUUAAGUGUUCUUGUGUCUUUCCAACAUAUGGAUGAGUUGAUGAGAACCUGUUAUUAUGUAAUAUGUUGUUAUCUAUGUGUAUGUAGACAAGUAGACUGUAGUUUGGGAACAAAUCUGAUCCUUUGUUGUGGGUGCUA